CGAGACCUCAAGCACAUCGAGGACACGGCAACGCGCAUCGAGAUGAAAAAGGCCAUCCGACGCGAGCAGUGCCGCACCAACCAGGCUCGCUACCGCAACAGGCAGCGUGUUCGACAAGGCCAGCUCCAGCACAAGGUGCAGCAGCUGCAAGAGGAGCUGCAGGGUCUCCGCCUCAAGCGACAACGGCUGCGUCUGAGUGAGAAGACCAACCGCAGUCCGUGGGCCAUUGUGAGCGAAGUCUUCCGGCUGCUGGAGACCAGCUUCCGGUCGCCGUGGCGCAUGACGAGCGUCGAUGAGAUGAUGAAGCACGCCGAGACGCAGCAGAGCCUCAUUCUGCUGCGGAAGUCCUUCGCACACGACGUGUCCAUGGGCAGCGGAAGUGGUGUGGACGCACUGUUGGAGCAGCUCCGCCGCUACGCGCUGUACUUCAGCGACCCGCAGAUCCAGCUCAAGCGCGUGGAGUCCGUGGUUCCUGGCGUGUUGAUGGCCUCGGCUCGACUGAGUGUGACGGUGUCUGAGUUCACUCUCCGUAGUCUGUUCCCGCAUCUCGAGAAGACCAACAGUAGCGACACUUAUGUUGCGGUCGACGAGCACCGAGCGUUGCGCGAGAAGCUGCUCGGUCAGCGGCUGAGAUGCCGCUGCGAGAUGACGUUCCUCUUGGACGAGGAGAGCGGUCGAGUGGUGCGUGUGGAGACGAGCAUCAAUUUGGUGGAGUCGUUGUUCCAGACACUGGAGAGCGCUGGAGAUGUUGCGGAUGUGCUGACCCAGGCACUCGUAACCCCGGAGUGUGUGGUAGGCUACUUGAUCGAA